UUUGUUUUUGUAGUUGCUAAAAUUCUUGGUCACUUCACAACUACGUUAUUAAAUAGAGAAAAUAGUAUUGUUGUUUCGCGUACAUUUUAGCAACUUUAAGCAAGCAACUUUCUGUUUUUUAUCACACUUUAAAACUGCUGAAAGCACCUAUUGCAAUAAAAAUAUAUUUAAAAUGUUAUAUAUUAAGAAUACAACUGUCCGUUAUUCAACACUGUAUUUUUUGUACUUUGCGAAUUACGGAUUUGGUAUGUCAAAUUAAAUCAUAUUGCAUCGAUACUUGCGGAGCUGAUCGAAAUUGUGUUUAUAUAAAUUUUAAAUUUUAUAACCUUUAGCAAUGUUACGAUUGGCUUUGAAAUAUCGAAAUAGAAAACCCAAGCAGGUGCCGUGCCUCUGCAUGAAAAUAUUGAGUUCGAAUUAUUCAACUAUACUCAACAAUUAUCGAUUACGAAAAGCUUGCGACUGGCACAGGCACAAUCCUGUCACUCCAUAUGUGGUACCACGGCAAUGGAAUGUUCCACAUACAAGACAAUAUGGCAUGAUUGUAGUUCGAGUUUUGCGAGGAGCUCUAAAGUUACGUUAUAUAUUGUUAGGAGGUGCUAUUGGCGGCGGUGUAUCUCUUACCAAAAAAUAUGAAGAUUGGAAAGAUGGACUGCCUGACAUGAAAUGGUUAGAGGAAGUAUUUCCUCAAGGAAGUCAAUGGAAUAAUGUAUCGAAAAAACUGGUGGAAAUAAGCAAUGCUAUUAAAGAUGUUAUUGAAAUAGAUCCAAAGCUUAAACAACUUGGAGAUGAAAAAUUAUCUGAAUGGAGAAUGUGGUUUGAUAACCGUUUGGAUGAUGCUAUUGAGGCGGCUGAUUAUAAUGGAACAAAAUUUAUUGAAUCAAACGAUGACAUAAAAGCAAAAACGACAGUUUCCGCCUUGAGUCUUUCAAAUGAUGAAAGUCGAAAGAAAUAUGAAUCUUUGCAAUCUCAAGUGGAAGCCCUUCAAACAGAAAUAAUGAACGUUCAAAUUAAAUACCAAAAAGAAUUAGAAAAAAUGGAAAAAGAAAACCGCGAAUUACGUCAGCAGUAUUUAAUUUUAAAGACAAACAAAAAAACUACAACAAAGAGAAUCAAAAAAUCUUUAAUUGAUAUGUAUUCUGAAGUUCUAGAUGAGCUCUCGGGGUAUGAUACUAGUUAUUCUGUAGCAGACCAUUUGCCACGUGUUGUAGUGGUAGGUGACCAAAGCAGCGGGAAGACUUCCGUACUUGAAUCAAUUGCUAAGGCACGAAUUUUUCCACGUGGCAGUGGUGAAAUGAUGACGCGAGCCCCGGUUAAAGUAACAUUAGCAGAAGGUCCCUAUCAUGUGGCUCAAUUCCGUGAUUCAGAUAGAGAAUAUGACUUAAAUAAAGAGGCAGAUUUGUCAGAACUUCGUCGAGAAAUUGAACUUAGAAUGCGUGCAUCAGUGCGUGGGGGGAAAACGGUCAGUAAUGAUGUGAUAUCAAUGACCGUUAAAGGACCGGGAUUACAACGCAUGGUACUCGUGGACUUACCGGGAAUUAUUUCGACUAUGACUGUGGAUAUGGCUUCAGAUACGAAAGAUUCAAUACAUCAAAUGACUAAACAUUAUAUGAGUAAUCCCAAUGCCAUAAUUCUUUGUAUUCAGGAUGGUUCAGUUGAUGCAGAACGUAGUAAUGUUACUGAUCUAGUAAUGCAAUGUGAUCCUAUGGGAAGGCGCACUAUUUUCGUAUUAACCAAAGUAGAUUUAGCUGAAGAACUAGCUGAUCCAGACAGAAUUAGAAAAAUUUUAUCCGGAAAAUUGUUUCCGAUGAAAGCCAUUGGGUAUUAUGCUGUAGUCACAGGUCGCGGUCGUAAAGACGAUAGCAUUGAAGCUAUAAGACAAUAUGAAGAAGAUUUCUUUAAGAACUCAAAGCUUUUCCAUCGACGAGGGGUUAUAAUGCCACACCAAGUUACAAGCAGAAACCUGAGUUUAGCAGUAUCUGAUCGUUUCUGGAAGAUGGUCAGAGAAACAAUAGAACAGCAAGCAGAUGCAUUUAAAGCAACUAGAUUCAAUUUAGAAACUGAAUGGAAAAAUAACUUUCCCCGUUUACGAGAGUCCGGAAGGGAUGAACUUUUUGAUAAAGCUAAAUGUGAAAUUCUAGAUGAAGUUGUAACAUUAUCUCAGAUUUCAUCAAAGAAGUGGGAAGAAGCUUUAAAUGGAAAGCUUUGGGAAAAACUUUCUAAUUAUGUCUUUGAAAAUAUUUAUCUUCCGGCCGCUCAGUCAGGUUCUCAAAAUUCAUUUAAUACAAUGAUUGACAUUAAACUUCGUCAGUGGGCAGAACAAGCUUUGCCAGCAAAAUCAGUUGAAGCGGGUUGGGAAACUCUUCAAACUGAAUUCACCAAUCUUAUGGAAAAAGCAAAGAAGAAUCCAGAUCAUGAUGAUAUAUUUGAUAAUUUGAAAGCAACUGUGGUUGAUGAAGCAAUACGUCGUCAUUUCUGGGAGGAUAAAGCUAUUGAUAUGUUACGUGUCAUUCAACUAAAUACACUUGAGGAUCGUUUUGUACAUGACAAAACUGAAUGGGACCAGGCAGUAAAAUUCUUAGAGAACUCUGUUAAAAGUAAACUAUCACAAACAGAGGAAACCUUACAAGAAAUGUUUGGGCCCGGACAGUUCACUCGUAUUACACAAUGGAAGUCUAUUUCGGAUGACCAAAUAAAAAGACGCCGUGUUAAGACUGAAUUAGAAAAAAUUUUAAGAGAUGAUAAGCAUCUUCCUGUCCUAUCUUAUGAUGAAUUGACAACAGUACGAAAAAAUUUACAACGCGAUAAUGUGGAUGUCGACACCGAUUAUAUUCGUCAAACAUGGUUUCCAAUUUAUAGAAGACACUUUUUAAAGCAUGCGUUGCAGAGGGCCAAUGAUUGUAGAAAAGCGUAUUUCCUUUAUAGUACCCAAGGAACUGAGUGCGAAAUAAGUUGUAGCGAUGUUGUACUUUUUUGGCGAAUACAGCAAGUUAUAAAAGUGACAUCUAAUGCUUUAAGGCAACAGGUUAUUAAUAGAGAGGCACGCCGUUUGGAUAAAGAAAUAAAAGAAGUGUUAGAUGAGUUUAAUGAUGACGAGGAGAAAAAAUCUCAACUUCUUACAGGAAAACGUGUAACACUCGCUGAAGAACUCAUAAAAGUUCGACAUAUUCAAGAAAAACUGGAGGAAUUUAUCAACUCGCUUAAUCAAGAAAAGUAAAAAAUAUAAACAAUAUUUUAAUAUUCAUUAUAUGCACUAUUUUAUUUAAAGUCAUUAUUUUU